AUGACUGCAGGCUGCAGAGCCCGAUUUUUCAGCUCUGUCUCUGUGGCGCAAUCGGAGACCCAUUCCCUAGAUUGGUUGAGCGGCCCGUAUCACCAGGGCACCCAGGAGCACCCCCUGGGGCAGUCCUGGCGGGCGGCGGGGUUCGCCGAGGCCCGCCGGGGAGGAGGGGCAGGAGGCGGCGGAACUCGGAGUCGCGCGGUUGCGGUGGUCACUUCCAGGAGCCGGACCUCUUCGGGAAGUGCACUCCUCCUCCCCUCCCCCUCUCCACCCUUCCACACUCACGGAAUACACUGAGACACACUUCCGCCGCCCAUCCCCUCCAACCCGGAACGGUUAGAGCGGAGGACCCGCGGAGGUCGUCUGAAGGCUGUGUACAACAUGGCGGCGGCGCUGGCGGUUCCUCGCCUGGCCCGGUAUGGAUUAUUUAGUUUUCGACCCAGCACAGUCCUGCAGGUUCAGCUGCUCCAUCAGAGUUCGGUGACAGAUGCAAGCAGCCCUGUCCCAGAGGGAAAGAAGAGUGGAGCAAUAGUCCCCAAAUCCUCCUCACUCCCAAGCAGCAGGGGGGAGUAUGUGAUCACCAAACUAGAUGACCUGAUCAACUGGGCCCGGCGGAGUUCCAUGUGGCCCAUGACCUUUGGGUUGGCAUGCUGUGCUGUGGAGAUGAUGCACAUGGCAGCUCCCCGGUACGACAUGGACCGGUUUGGAGUGGUGUUCCGGGCCAGCCCACGUCAGUCAGAUGUGAUGAUCGUAGCCGGCACUCUCACCAACAAAAUGGCUCCAGCUCUCCGAAAGGUAUAUGACCAGAUGCCAGAGCCUCGUUAUGUAGUCUCCAUGGGAAGUUGUGCUAAUGGUGGAGGAUAUUACCACUACUCGUAUUCUGUAGUGAGAGGAUGUGACCGCAUUGUGCCCGUGGACAUCUACGUCCCAGGCUGCCCACCCACAGCCGAAGCAUUGCUGUACGGGAUCCUGCAGCUCCAGAAGAAGAUCAAACGGGAAAAGAGGCUCAAGGUGUGGUACCGGCGGUGACGACGGGGGGCCGUGUGGCCCUUCCCCCUCCCCCCGCCUCUGUUUGUUUGUGAUCUCAUGCCAUGUAAACGUCAAUAAAAUACCCACAUAACAGAUA